AUGUCUGCUCUCUCGUAUAGCUUGAAGUACUUUCAAGACCAUGCACAGCCAACAACAGCGACCACAGUGGCAAUGCCCGGUGGCGGGCCAGGGGAUGGGGCUGUCCCUGCUGAGAGUAACAGGAAAGUGCUGGAUGCUUUCGUGAAAUUGGAUGACUCGUUGGUCACUACCAAUAUCCUGCCAGAUUCAUCUCGUGCCUCGUCUGGCACUUGCACCGCGUACCCAAAUAUAGAUGACUCGGUGGAUAUCUGGAAACUGUACACUAGAGCCAAGAAAAAUUUACCAGAGAGUCAACGUAUCUUGAACAUGUCCUGGAGACUUCAAGGUGUUAGAAGACGGAUUGGUGUUCACGAAGGGGUGGUGAGUGAUGACGGUAUGGCACGGCUGGCUCUGCUGCCCUCUCAAUUACAGACAGCAAAGUACGAGAAUGCUGUGGAGACCGAAGAGGUGGGUGGUGCUCACGCGAUACCAAUAUCCACAAUGCACACUGACCCGGUGGACAACUACAGUAAACAGCAUUCUAUAUUCCAUUCGUACCACGAGGACGCAUUGCAGUCGUUCAACGAACGCGAGUUGUCCAGCUCAAUACCUUUCGGCCCCUCCUUCUCGGAUAAACAGCAACAAUUGGGGUCCUCGCAUGCAACUGCAGACCUCGACAUGAAUGACUUGACUGGCUUCAAUAAUUCAGAGUACUUCAGCUCAUCGAUACCGAACGACCCGCACCAGGGUAACAGCAUGUUCAUCGACAACGACAACAUCACAUUCAAAACGGAGUUCGAUCUCGAUAUAAACGACAUGGACUCUUCGAACAUGGUCUGCGACCCAGCGGACCGCUCGGAAUCAGCAGACCCAUCACUGUACAACAACGAUACCUCGUCGCCAACAUCGUCCACAGCAACGACAAACACCCUCCGCAACACUUCAAGCAUCAACAUCCCGCAAUUCUCCUCCUCCGUGAACCACUACCAGCAACCCACGGCGGUCCGUAACGCCAAUAACAACAAUCUUCACCCUGCACAUCUCUCGUCGUUUCUGUCCACAAACGGUGGGCCGGGACAAGGGAACAUAACGUUCUCGCUACCAACCUCUGAACUGAUGAGGGCGCGUCAGACACCCUUGUCGGCAAGCACAACUCCUAUGCCACCAACGGUCAAGAAGAGGCCCACACAGAGGAAGAACUCGUCAGCGAGACUGAUCACACCACCACAGGAUAAGAUCCGGUGUUCAAACUGUCAGACGCAUAACACACCCCUAUGGAGGAAGGACGCGGAGGGUAACUCGCUGUGUAAUGCGUGUGGUCUUUUCUUGAAGUUGCACGGUGUGAUGAGGCCACUGUCCUUGAAGACAGAUGUCAUUAAGAAAAGACAGCGUAACUCGAAUAACCAGGGCAACGGCGGGAACACCGCGCGGAACGAGUUCAACGCGAAGAAAAAUUACAGCGUGAAGAAAGUAGGGAGUAAAGAGAAACUGAACCUCGACUGGUUGAACCUGAACCUGUGA